CGAUCAAGCACGCAUAAUGCUCGACAACAAAUCGCGCAGGAUUUUCGAGACUUCUCCAGCGAACACGGUCCGCCUAUUCCUACUCCGUCGCUCACUGCCUGAGAAUGUCGCGAUAGCCUGCAUACCGAAUCCCAUUACGAACUCCGCAGCACCUCCGAAGCUCCGCAACAGGGGACAGAUGCGGUCGCAAGACGUACCUAUAACCUGAAGCCAGUAUACAUACGUUGGCAAUCUACACCUUCCACUAUGCCCGGCUUUCGCCGCUGGGGCAAGUCGAAAUUCGAGAAGAACCCUGAGUCGUCAUUCAAGCUUCUGGCCGCGAUCCUGGUCAUCACCUUCUAUCUGUUGAUCAAGGAGUUCUCGAACCCAACAGUACGGACCCGCGAUACGUCCACGUUUGGCGCGCAAAUACAGCACACGGCAUGGAACGGCACAGGGAAAGCGCAGGAGACAAGAGCGGGGAAGGUGCGCAGUGCAAUGAAGUACACAUACUGGAAGUACAGAGAGAAUGCAUGGGGCGCAGAUGAUAUCCUGCCUGUCUCGGGAGGCAACUUGACCACUAGGAAUGGUUGGGGAGCAUUCAUCGUAGACUCUGCGAGCACACUGGCGCUCAUGGAGUUGUGGGACGAGCUGGCGCAUUCCUUGGAGCACAUUGUGGGCAUCGACUUUACGCAUACGGAGGAUCUGGUAGAUCCCUUCGAGACUACGAUUCGCUAUCUUGGGGGACUGCUGUCGAUUGUAGAGCUGUACGAUGUUGGCAUGAUACCGGAGGACAUCCUUGAUGGCGAAGCGCGCGAUCUCCUACUUGAGCACGCUGUGACUCUGGCUGAAAAAUUGGGCCCUGCCUACGACACGCCGACAGGCAUGCCGUGGCCGCGUGUGAACUUCAAGACUUCACAAGGCGUUGCAGAUCCGCCGGCUGUACACUUCGAGCACCCAGACAAGCCUCAGUAUGCGCACCCUGCCAUCGGCCCUGCGCGGGCCGGUUCCUCUAUCCUCGAGAAUCGCGUACUUACGAGGCUGACUGGCGACCCUGUCUAUGCAAGAAACUCCACGCUGGCGUGGGCACCUUUGGUCUGGUCCAAGUGGAAAACGCCUUGGAAAGGCAUAGUGGAUGCACCCAUUGAUAUCAGCACCGGCGCGCCAGUAGGUCGCGACAGAUACUGGGACGGUGGUCAUGAUUCAUAUUACGAGUACCUCUUGAAGGUGACGCUUCUUGCACCGCCGUCCGAUCCUCACGUCAAUACCUACAAAACCCGUUUCCUGGAAUCCGCGUACUCGUUGCGCAAGCACCUCAGUACUCGUUCCGCCUCUGCGCCUGAACAUGCCAUGCAGCACCUUUUCAUAGGGAAGCAGGACGGCGAGACCUAUCACAAUGAGCAAGGGCACCUUGCGUGCUUUGCCCCUGGGACGAUCCUACUUGGCUCCAAGUUCUACGAUCAGCCAUACCUCAGAACGUUCGCGCUUGCUCUGCUUGAAGGAUGUCAUCACACAUACACAUCGACGCCAUCCAAGAUCGGGCCUGAGAACUGGGCGUGGACACCGAAGCUCAGCUACGAGGCGCCGUUCCACGCGCCCGAGACAGCUCGCGCGAAGAAAGAGUGGUCAGAAAGCGGUUUCUGGAGCACAGACCCAGAGUACAAGGGCCGACCGGAGUACGUCGAGUCGCUGUUCUACGCGUGGCGCAUCACCGGCGAGCAGCGAUUCCGCGACUGGGCCUGGGAGACUUUCUCCGCCAUGGAGACGCACUGCAAAGCGCCCUACGGGUACGCACAGCUGGCAGACGUCUACAGGGUGCAGCCUUCCGAGUGGCCUGGAACCGGCGAGGGACGUUGGAUCGAUAUGCAGGAAAGCUUCUGGGCAGCCGAGACGCUCAAGUACCUGUGGUUGACAUUCACGGACGUCGGGACUGUGAGUCUGGACGAUUGGGUUUUCAGCACAGAGGGGCAUGUAUUUAGGAUGAUCAGAUGAGGUCGACCUGAAUGCGACUACGAAUAUGAAGACGCUUGCUGGUGUGGAGUGGUCCGAUGCAGAGUCCGGGCGCAACGCAGAUGCAAGUCCUCUGCCGGCGUGGUUGCAAAACCAUUUUCCUGACUAUAUAUAUGCUAUUAUCGCCGACGAUUUUAUCGUAGUUGUUCAACAACACCAACCAUCGGCGUUGUGGCGGAGUGGUUAUCGCGCAAGACUAGAAAUCUUGUUCCUUCGGGAGCGUAGGUUCGAAUCCUG